CCCAGGUGCCCCGAAAACCCUCUUAGCUUUUAACCCUUCCUUGGGUUGUGUUCAAGUUGGUGCACCCCAACUUGUAACUCUGGUUACAGAGGUGACAGAGAAAAGCAGGCAGACAGAAAUAGAGGGCUUACGUUGCUUAAAUGAGAAUGACACAGAUAGGAAUCAAACAAGGGGCUGAACCCAAAUGACAGGACAAAGUUUGAGUGCAUCUGAAACCAAGGUAAACCAAGAGACGCUCAAAAAGCAGGGGGCUUUAGCAGAAGCAGAACAGAGCCCAGCUGGAAGCGUGCCCUGGGACGGCCUGGAUUCCUCCAGAGGGUCCCGGCAACCCCCACACAGCCAUGCACUACCCAGCCAUGCUCCUGCUUCUCCUGCCUGGGGGCGCUGAGGCCUUUCGCAUCUGUGCCUUCAAUGGCCAGCGGCUGACGCUCUCCAAGGCGGCCAGAGAACAUGUGCUGGACACCUUCGUUCGGAUCCUGGCUCGCUGCGACAUCAUGGUGCUGCAGGAGGUAGUGGACGCUUCUGGCAGUGCUAUCUCUCUCCUGCUCCGAGAACUCAAUCGAUUGGAUGGCUCUGGGUUCUACAGCGUCUUGAGCAGCCCAUCGCUGGGGCGCAGCACCUACAUGGAGAAGUACGUGUACGUGUACCGGUCACACAAGACACAAGUGCUGGAUUCCUACGUGUAUGAGGACUCGGAUGAUCUCUUUGCCCGGGAGCCCUUUGUGGCCCAGUUCACUUUUCCCAGCAAGGUCCUUCCCAGCCUGGUGCUGGUCCCGCUGCACACCACUCCGAAGGCCGUGGAGAAGGAGCUGAACGCCCUGUACGACGUGUUUCUGGAUGUCUCCCAGCGCUGGCAGAGCCAGGACAUGAUCUUGCUCGGGGACUUCAACGCUGACUGUGCCUCACUGCCCAAAAAGCGCCUGGGGGAGCUGGUACUACGGACGCAGGCAGGCUUCCAGUGGGUGAUCGGCGACGAGGAGGACACCACCGUGCGGGCCAGCACCCGCUGCGCUUAUGACCGCGUGGUGCUGCACGGGGGGCGCUGUCAGAGUCUGCUGCGCUCCGCGGCUGCCUUUAACUUCCCCAGGAGCUUCGGCCUCACCGAGGAGGAGGCCCUCAACAUCAGCGACCACUACCCUGUGGAAGUAGAGCUGAACCGGGCGGCACCCGGGGUCCCGCCUCUUGGCCUGGCCGCCCUGUUGCUGCUGCUGCUGCUCCUGCUCCCCCGCCUGGGCCUGGUGGCCUGAAGCAGCCCUCAGCCUGCCGCCCGCAGAUGUGAGGACCGCGCUGCCUUGGGGACUGGGAUCCUGCUCACUCCCCCGUGUGUGCUCCCGAGAGACUCCUCCAUCUGAUCGUAGCCCCGCCCCACCACAAUGCAACCCUUGGCCUUCUGCCUUCUCUUCCGCUUGGCUUCUGUUCUUUGGUUGGGCCCCUGCCCGGCAUUAGAAUGUGGGAGGCGGCAGGCCCUGAGGCUAGACGCAUGCCACUCUGCCCCCAGCUAGUGUCAGGGAUGGGGACAGAGCAGGCUCCAGGGCUGGGGGAGGAGACGGGGGCUCAGGUGAUUUGCGCUCAACUGCAGGGCUCAGAGAAGGGAAUCACAAUAUGUUGGAAGAUUUUAUUAGAUAACCAAAAGGAAACACCGCUGCGAACAAAAAGCUAAAUUGCGGGGCUAUUACAUAGUCGAGCAGAUGUGCCAAGGGGCCGUUUUUAUUACACGCAGGAUCCCUAUCAGUAUUAAAAUUGCGGCAGACACAGGGGAUCUAUAAGAAGUUUACACACACACACGCGCACAGUAACUAGCAAACAAAGUAUUUACAAUCGUUGACUCCAAUAAAAACAGUUGCAAACAGCCCUGCUGUCUGCUGUCAAGCCCAAGUUCACAACCACGGUGCAGCCCAACCUCACCCCACCCGGAGUACAGUCAGUCACGCUGGCUGCGUGCCCACAAGGCAAGGCUCGGGCUGGUAACCAAGGCUAAGGGGCAAACAGAUGAGAGGCCCCGCCCAUGAGGACCUAGGUGCUCGUGCAGGUGAAGGGACUACCAGAUACUUCACAAAAUGUUAACAAUGAUCCUUGUUUUGGGUGUUGGUAUCAUAGAACCCUUCCUUCCCCAGCUUUAUUUUCCAGAGCUCAGUAAAUACAGGUAGGAGGACAUCAGGGCCAUUUAAACACAAAUAUUUAUGGUUGAGAACCAUCUCAAGGUCAAGAAUAAAGGGAAUUUUCAACCUUA